UGUUGGGUUGUUUGGUACUCAAUUCGUUUAUUGAAAAUUGAUCAGAGUUCGAUGAUUGUCCUGCUUAAGCGCACUCAUCGCAUACACUGAACAGCGCUGCACGUUCGAUAACAAAAUCAACGUGAUAGAAAUAUUGUGAUUAUUUGAACCAACGAGAAAUUCGUGUAAUUGAAAAUUUCGAAAAGAUUUGGGAGACGUGGAGCCUACGAUUUGAAAUCGAUUAUCAAAUUAAAAUGAACCAUUUAUACGCUUUUCCGAUCAUAGCAGUUUUGUUCUUAACAACAAUUUGCAGUGCAGAUCCAAUUCCGGCCAACACCACGGUUAAUCGUCGGAUUGAAGCCCAAGACUUGAAUGAUACACUAAUCGUUAAUGCAAUCACUGCAAAUGGAAAUUUGAAUGGAAACGAUCGUAAUCCGAUCAGCGAUUGGAUUGUUGGCAUUAUAGGAAGUAGACCAACCGAAAAACCACCACAAUUAGAUCCGCCGGACCAUUGUGAUUCAUGCAGUUGCGGAAUUGCAAAUAAGCAAAAACGUAUCGUUGGCGGCCAGGAAACUGAAGUGAACCAAUAUCCAUGGAUGGCUUUGCUUACGUACAGCAAUCGCUUCUAUUGUGGCGCCUCUCUGAUCAAUGAUCGAUAUGUUAUGACGGCAGCCCAUUGUGUUAGCGGCUUCAAUAAAGAUCGAAUUGGUGUCACCCUACUCGAACAUGAUCGAUCAAAGCCGGGUGAAACCGAACUGAUCAAAAGAAAGGUUAUGCGGAUCAUAAGGCAUGCUGGUUAUAGCCCGACUAAUUUCAACAAUGACAUUGCUUUGCUACGAUUGGAUCGAGAGGUGAAGUUCACCAAUGUUCUGAAACCAGUUUGUAUGCCAUCGCGUGGAAAAAGUUUUUCGCAUCUUGACGGAAUCGCCACUGGCUGGGGCGCUACAAAAGAACAAGGAGACAUUUCAGUGAAUUUACAAGAAGUAACGGUGCCAAUUUUAUCGAAUUCUGAAUGUCGCAAAACCGGAUACGGUGCGUCACGAAUCACAGACAAUAUGCUUUGUGCUGGUUUAAAAGAUGGGCAAAAAGAUUCGUGCCAAGGUGAUUCGGGUGGUCCGUUGCAUGUGGUCAACGAUACCAUUUAUCAGGUCGUUGGCGUUGUGAGCUGGGGCGAAGGUUGUGCACAACCAGACUAUCCCGGAGUUUAUACACGUGUAAACCGUUAUCGAACGUGGAUUAAAAGUAAUACACGAGAUGCGUGUUACUGUGAGGACUAGUGAUGCCCAAUUCUAGUGAUAUGCUUUCAAAAUGCAUCCCAUGAUUUGAGACAGAGAUAGAAAAAAAAAACAGCGAGACAAAGUGAGAUGCAAGAAGUAACCGUUUGAACAGCCGUACGAAAAAAGAAUUAACAGCAUAUAUAAUGAUUCAAUUUCAUAUUUCUAACAUAUUAUUUAUUUAUUUAUUUAUUAAUCAAUCAAUAAAUCAGCAGAUGAAAUCAUCUGAAUGUGU